AUGUUGAGAAGGGGGAUAUCAGAGCGCAAUCUCUCGGUAUGCGCAUUCUGCCAGCAUCGACUCUCGCUGCGGCUAGCCCGUCUUCCACCACGACGUCUCCUCUCGGCCACGCGACCGCUCCAUGAUGCCGAUUCGGGCCCGCCAGGGCAGAGUGCGAACAGUGGCUGGGGCAGGCCUCUUUUCGGCGGGCCGUCGCCGCCGACAGGAGCAGCCCCCGGUGCGGCCCCGCCGACGACCAGCAGCUUGGAUGCCGGACUGCUGCCUCACGAGAUAGAGGCCCGCAAACGUGUCGCCGCGCAGAAGGCCGAACGGGAGCGCGUCGAGAAGGAACGAGCCGCACAAGCACCCAAGCCUGGCGAUGGGCCCAAGUACAUAUGGAACGCCAAGAAGCAACGCGAGAUUCAGGAGAGUCUUGCGGUGCAUCCGCCCUCCUUCAAAGGCACGCCUCCCCGAGCCCCUCUUGUCCGCCACAACGAGCCGCGCCCCUCCAAGUCGCCCAGAACAGUCGGUCGCUUAGGCAAUCUCUCGCCGACAGCAAAGAACCUCGACGAGCCCAAGGAAGAAAGGGCACCACGGCGGAAGUUGCCCCCAACGUCUCCGAACCACGUCUCAUCUCUACCAUCGCGUCCACUUGUACAGUCUAGGAAUUCCAAACCAAGGCGUGAGGCGCCGGUUGAGCCCCCUGGCUUGGACAGUAGUCCUGGCAAUACCCCCCCUCUCAGUCGACUGCUCGGGUCCGGUGGAUCGCAGCAGACAUCCCCGCCGCGCUCUGUAGGUUGGGGAUCGGGCAUGUUUGCAGGAGUGAAGGCGCCUGCCCCAGAGCCAGGUGAAGGGAAACACGAGCAGGCAUCAACUCCCUUGGACUCGUCACAUACUCCCUCCCCUUCGGAGUUUAGCUAUUUUCGUAGAAUAGCGGCUGGCGAAGCGACAUACAGAGAUAAUCCUCGGGCCGAUCUAACUCGCAUAACGGGCGAAAAUAUGAGAAAGGUUUAUUCGGACAACAACAUCACCAGACCGAGUGGUGAAGAGGGCCGGGACCUGGUCGGCCGAAGCAGACAUGUUUCCACGCCUCCCACAAGCAACACCACAAGUUCCUGGGGCUCUUUGACGAGAAAGCCCCAGCCGGAUAAAGCGCAUGCUGGCGACUUCUGGACCAUGUUGAGCGAAAAAACUUCGGAACCCAACCCCGAACGUUCGCAAUCUGUGCCGUUGGAUGAUUGGGGGAAGGAAUAUGACACUUUGCCUCGUCAACGUACCCGGUUUUCUGCCAACACUCGUGAUAGCGGAGGAUAUCAGUCCCGCCGAGAUGCAGAGAAGGUCUCAGGCAUUAGGGGUGCUGUUAGACGACAAGACCAAGAUGGGUGGGCAGACCAGGCGGAUUCAACUGUGCCGCUGGAUGGAAACACUAUGCCACCGACUACGCCCACAAGUGAACAGUACGGAUAUGAACGCAAACGGCAGCCGCACGACUCGGGGAGGAACGAAAGAUAUGAGAUCAGCAGAGGCCAAGCACGCAAGGGUGCCAAGAAACGAGACCAUCGCAGCUCAAGAUUCGAUGAUGAGGGCGAUGAAGGGAUCGAUGACUCAUACGAAGAGUAUCUAGACAGACGCCAGCAAAGAGCAGAACGCAAAGCUCGGAAGGAGGCCGAAAGGACCGGCCCUCGCCCGAUCAACCUGCCAGAACUCAUCAGUAUUUCUAAUCUGGCGUCGGCCUUGAAGGUGGAGAAGAGUAUCUUUCUGGACCAGCUGGCCGAGCUUGGGUUCGAAGGUAUCUCGUUUGACAGUAUCAUGGCCGGUGAAACGGCGGCGUUGGUGGCCCAAGAGUACGGUUUUGAGCCUACUGUGGAGACUGGAGAGUCAGAGGACCUCAAGCCUCGCCCACCACCAGAGGAUUCUUCCCUCCUACCUCCUCGGCCCCCCGUGGUUACCAUCAUGGGUCAUGUCGACCACGGAAAGACCACCCUUCUCGACUACCUGCGCAAAUCAUCUGUUGCUGCGCAGGAACAUGGUGGUAUCACCCAGCACAUCGGUGCCUUCUCGGACAAGAUGUCUACCGGAAAGCAGAUCACUUUCCUGGACACUCCAGGGCACGCAGCUUUCCUGACCAUGCGUCAACGCGGUGCCAAUGUCACCGAUAUUGUCGUUCUCGUCGUAGCUGCGGAUGACAGCGUCAAGCCGCAGACGCUCGAGGCUUUAAAGCAUGCGCGAAGCUCCAAGGUGCCCAUCAUAGUAGCCAUCAACAAAAUCGACAAGGAUGGCGCCCGAAUCGACACGGUGAAGUCCGACCUUGCCCGUCACGGUGUGGAAAUUGAGGACUACGGCGGUGACGUGCAGGUCGUGUGCGUCUCCGGAAAGACAGGCCAGGGCAUGGAUGAUCUCGAGGAGAAUAUCCUCACUCUUUCGGAGAUCCUGGAUAUGCGAGCUGAACAAGAUGGCCCUGCCGAAGGCUGGAUUCUCGAGAGCAGCCUCAAACCCAUUGGCAAGGCAGCCACGAUCCUCGUCAAGCGAGGGACUUUGAGGCUAGGUGAUUACAUCGCUGCUGGCACCACAUGGGCCAAGAUCCGCCACCUUCGAAACGAGGCCGGCGCAGAGAUCGCAGAAGCCCCGCCGGGCACCCCAGUUGAGAUCCUCGGCUGGCGUGAUCUGCCAGCUGCCGGCGAUGAAGUCAUCCAGGGCCCUGACGAACGCCGUGUGCGGACUGCGGUUGGGUAUCGCGAGGGGCUCCGCGAGCGCGAGCAGGACGCCGCCAGCCACGUGAAGAUCGCAGAACAACGUAGACUUCUGCAGGAGCAGCGCCAGGCUGAGAAGGCCGCCGAGGCGCAGGGCGAGGGCUACAAGCGUGUCGACGGCAGCUGGGGCACCCAGGGGGCUGAGACCGACUUUGAGGGAACCACACGUAUGGUCAACUUUGUAGUGAAGGGGGACGUGCAUGGAUCCGUCGAGGCGGUCUGCGCCUGCAUCCUUGAGAUCGGCAGCCAUGAAGUCCGCCCACGUGUUUUGCGGUCUAUGCCCGGGCAGAUCACGGAGAGCGACGUUGAGCACGCAGCAACGUCCAAGUCGGCGAUUGUCAACUUUAACCUGCCCAUCAACGGCGUCAUCAAACGGAAGGCCGAGGAGGCCGGGGUCGCUAUCAUCGACCACACCGUCAUCUACCAUCUCUCGGAUGCAGUCAAGGAGCAUCUGAGCUCGUACUUGGAAGCCGACGUCAGCUUCAAGGUCCUUGGUGAAGCCGAGGUCCUGCAGAUCUUCCCAAUCAACCUCCGAGGGCGUGUAUACAAGAACGUCGCGGGCUGCAGAAUCCGCAACGGCAAGGUUGAGAAGAAUGACGUUUACCGCGUGUUCAGGGACGGCGAGAAGAUCUUUGAGGGCCAACUAGAGUCCCUCAAACACGGCAGGAAGGAUAUCACCGAGGCCCGCAAGGGUGGCGAGUGUGGCAUCGGCUUCGAGGAGUUCCAAGAUCUCCAGGUCGGCGACCAGAUCCAGGCCGUGGAGGAGGUGCGGACGCAGAGGACCUUGUAG